AUGGCUGAAUUAGAAGAAUUAAAGAAAAAGCUCGUCCCUUUAUUUGAUGCAGAAAAGGGUUUCUCACCCGGGUCAACAAUUGACCCGUCUGAUUCCUACAUGUUAUCGGAUGGUGGAACAGUGAAUUUGCUGAGCAAAUCUUACAAUGUUUAUAAUAUCAAUGAGCUUGGCUUGCAAAAGUGCAGUUCAUCAUCUCCAUUUUCUGAAGAUGAUACUGAAAAAACAUACAGGUGUGCUUCUCAUGAGAUUAGGAUUUUUGGGUCCAUAGGCAGUGGUGCAAGUAGUGUUGUUCAAAGAGCCAUUCAUAUUCCCAAUCACAGAAUUAUUGCUGUCAAGAAGAUUAAUAUUUUUGAAAAGGAGAAGAGGCAACAACUUCUUACUGAAAUACGGACGUUGUGUGAGGCACCCUGUUAUCAAGGUCUUGUAGAAUUUUAUGGAGCUUUCUAUACUCCGGAAUCCGGGCAGAUAAGCAUUGCUCUAGAGUACAUGGAUGGUGGAUCUCUAGCAGAUGUCAUUCGUGUAAGAAAGUGUAUACCGGAGCCAGUUCUUUCUGCUAUGGUGCAGAAGCUCUUGCAUGGACUGAGUUAUUUGCACGGAGUUAGACAUUUGGUACACAGGGAUAUAAAACCUGCAAAUUUGCUUGUAAAUCUCAAAGGGGAGUCAAAGAUUACAGAUUUCGGUAUAAGUGCUGGCUUAGAGAAUUCUAUGGCUAUGUGUGCAACUUUUGUUGGAACCGUUACAUACAUGUCACCUGAGAGAAUCCGAAAUGAAAGUUACUCUUAUGCUGCUGAUAUUUGGAGCCUUGGACUUGCGCUUUUUGAGUGUGCUACGGGUGAAUUUCCGUACACUGCUAAUAAUGGGCCUGUCAAUCUUAUGCUGCAGAUCCUUGAUGAUCCAUCUCCAUCCCUGUCAAAACAAAAUUUUUCUCCUGAGUUCUGUUUAUUUGUUGAUGCUUGCCUCCAGAAAGAUCCAGAUUCAAGGCCAACAGCCGAGCAGCUUCUUUCACACCCCUUUAUUACUAAGUAUGAGGAUGCUGGGGUCGACUUGGGCACGUUUGUGCGAAGCAUAUUUGAUCCUACACAGAGGAUGAAGGAUCUGGCAGAUAUGCUGACAAUACACUAUUACUUACUUUUUGAUGGGUCGGAUGAUCUUUGGCAUCAUAUGAAGACGUUAUAUGUAGAAAAUGCAGUUUUCAGUUUUGGUGGGAAAGAAUCUCUUGGCCCAGAUGAUAUUUUUACGGCACUAUCAAAUAUUCGUCGAACAUUGGCUGGCGAAUGGCCUCCGGAAAAACUUGUGCAUGUCGUGGAGAAGCUUCAAUGCCGCGCUCAGGGUGAAAAUGGAGUUGCAAUUCGGGUCUCAGGGUCAUUUAUUGUUGGAAAUCAGUUCCUGAUAUGUGGAGAUGGUGUACAAGUAGAGGGCUUGCCAAAUUUUAGAGACCUUUCAAUUGAUAUACCUAGCAAGCGACGAAGGAUUUUUCCUACUGUCAGGAUACGGUCCUGA